GCGUGUGAGGGAGGGUGUGAGUAUGUGAGGCAGUGUUGUAUGUGGGAGCGGGAGAAGAGACUCUGCAGUGUCUUGGCAGCUGCAUUAGUGCAUCCACAGUGGCGAUGCCUCCUCCAGCGCUGCGUGCCUCCUCCGCGUCCACUUGACAUUACACGCCGAUAUGAACUCUCCACGGAACUGACUGGACCAGGAGCGAGCGUACGUUUGCGCAGCACCAUCCAGCUUUGAAGCAAGAUACCACCCGGGCAGACAGCGGCCGGAGCGUUUCGUUCAUACCCCGAGAGCCCGUGACGAGAUUUUUAAUGGAAAAUGGCGAUAGGCAAAAGGUCUUGCAGCUUGGUCUGCUUCCUAUCUAUUCAGAUGAUCUUUCUUCUCAGCAGCGCGCCGUGGCCCGGAGCAGAGGGGCUUCUAUUCCCCCAACAUUACACGGUAAUGCACUGGGCCAAACGUAUCGAGCAGGAGAUAGACCGGGUUUUUCAGCAGAUCACUGGAGCGCAACAGCUCAAAGGGAUUUAUAAUGAGGAAAGGCGACGGUUCAGUGUGAUCAAGAAUCAACCCAGAAGAAUUGUGGAAAAGGUGGCAUUAGACAUUGAAAGACUCCUGGCUAAAAAACGCAAAGCUCUGGAUAGGUUAGCCAGCGAAGCAGAGCGGCUACAGCGGGAGCACCUCUGGAAGGACAGCAUCAAGGAGCUGGACAUGGCGUACUAUGACUCCAAGGCUGAGCUCGAUUAUUAUUCCAUGGAUGGGGAAGGAGAAGUGGAGAACCCCUCCCACAUCAAGCUGGAGUUUGUUUACGACCCAAAUUUCAAAAAUAAUGUCAACUACUCUUACACAGCUGUUCAAAUCCCAACAGAUAUAUAUAAAGGAGCACCAGUGAUUUUGAAUGAGUUGAACUGGACUCAGGCUCUGGAGAAAGUCUUUAUGGAGAAUAGCAGAGAGGACCCUUCUUUACUGUGGCAGGCUUUUGGAAGUGCCACUGGUGUCACACGAUACUAUCCAGCUACCCCAUGGAAAGCUCCUGAUAAGAUUGACUUGUAUGAUGUCAGGCGAAGACCUUGGUACAUACAAGGCGCCUCAUCUCCCAAAGACAUGGUUAUUCUUGUCGAUGUGAGUGGCAGUGUCAGUGGACUCACUCUGAAGCUGAUCAAAGCCUCUGUCAUGGAGAUGCUGGACACUUUGUCAGAUGACGAUUAUGUCAAUGUGGCCAGGUUUAAUGAGAAAGCUGAAGCUGUGGUCCCCUGCUUCAAACACCUUGUUCAGGCAAAUGUUCGUAACAAAAAGAUAUUCAAAGAAGCAGUCCAACAGAUGCAAGCUAAAGGCACGACUGACUACAAAUCUGGGUUUCACUUUGCCUUCAACCAGCUGUUAAAUAAAACAAAUGUCCCUCGGGCAAAUUGCAAUAAGAUCAUCAUGCUGUUCACCGACGGGGGAGAAGACAGGGCUCAGGACGUAUUUAUGCAAUACAACUGGCCCAACAAAACGGUUCGAGUAUUCACCUUUUCUGUCGGUCAACACAACUACGACGUCACACCAUUGCAGUGGAUUGCUUGUACUAAUAAAGGUUACUAUUUUGAGAUCCGUUCCAUCUGUGCCAUCAGGAUUAACACCCAGGAGUACCUCGAUGUGCUGGGCCGCCCCAUGGUCCUUGCGGGCAGUGACGCAAAACAGGUUCAGUGGACCAACGUCUAUCAGGACGCUCUGGGUCUCGGUUUAGUAGUGACAGGGACAUUACCUGUAUUCAACCUCACUAUGGAUGGAAACUCACAGAACCAGCUGAUCUUAGGUGUGAUGGGAGUUGAUGUGCAUCUGGAUGAGAUCAAGCGUCUGACCCCACGAUACAAUUUGGGAGCAAAUGGAUACAUAUUUGCUAUUGAUCCAAAUGGAUACCUUCUGCUUCACCCCAAUCUCCAGCCCAAACUUGUGAAUCUACCUGAGCCUGUCACGUUGGACUUCCUGGACGCUGAAGUAGAGGACAGCAGCAAAGAGGAGAUCCGGAGACAAAUGAUUGAUGGACGCCCAGGUGAAAUGCAAAUCAAAACACUUCUAAAGUCAAUUGAUGAGCAAUACAUUGAUGACGUGUACAGAGGCUAUACCUGGGCUCCAAUUAAUGGGACAGAUUACAGUUUGGGUUUGGUAUUACCGCCUUACAAUGAAUAUUACAUCCAAGCUGACCUUAGUGAUGUGAUGCUGCAGCUUCAGUACAUGCAGUCGCUGCUUCCCAGCUCAUAUGAGUCUUCGGGACACGUUUUCUUGGCCCCGAGAGAAUACUGCAAACGUCUACAUCUCUCUGACAACAACACACAGUUUCUGCAGAACUUUCUUUCUCUCAUCAUUGACAUUUCUCCUGAGUCAGAUGAGUGUGACCAAGACCUAAUCCAUAACCUGGUCCUUGACUCCCGGAUCAUUGGGCAGCUGGCUUCCCGAGUGUGGAAAAACAAAGACCUCACCUCGUAUGGAUUUUUAGCCGUGUUUGCAUCCACAGAUGGAGGAAUAACACGCGUGUUUCCUAAUAUUGCUGCUGACAUGUGGGAUGAGGAUCCGGAGCCGUUCAAUUCAAAUUUCUACAGAAGGAGCCUCGACAACAAGGGCUACUUAUUCAGGGCCCCACAGCGAUCCUCUUUAGACGACAUGAUUGGUGGAGAAAAUGGCACUGUUGGUAUCCUGGUCAGUUCGGCGGUUGAGGUCAAUUUGGGAGGGAAAAUUCUCAAGCCUGCAGUGGUUGGGGUGAAGUUGGACUUGGAAGCCUGGGUAGAUAAGUUCAAGAUCUUAGCCAGUAAUGUGUCUGAUGGACGACAAGGUUCACACAAGUGUGGACCAUCCAGGAUCUGUGAAAUGGACUGUGAAGCCAACACAGAUGAUCUCCUGUGUUAUCUCAUUGAUGAUGGUGGCUUUCUGGUCAUGUCAAAUCAGAGGGACCACUGGAAAAAGAUGGGGCUUUUCUUUGGAGACGUGGACCCUUAUCUGAUGUACGCUCUGUUCAACAACUCCAUCUACUUUCGGAGGCAGUCGUUUCAGUAUCAGUCUGCCUGUGAGCCCAUCAGCAGCAGCCACACAGGAGCGGCACCGAGGAGAUUCUUUGUGCCGUCCGUAGCUGACCUCCUGAGCUUGGCCUGGUGGACCUCCACAGUGGCAUGGUCUGUGAUACAGCAGCUCUUAUAUGGACUGGCCUAUAAUAGCUGGCUUCAUCAAGAUGAUUUGGUGGUGGAUGGUUUUGAGGCAAAGACAAGCAGCUGUGUGACCAUCCAGAGCCAGUUCUACUUCACCAACACAACCAACAUGUACAACGUGCUGCAGGACUGUGGGAAUUGCUCCCGGUUGAUCCAUGCAAAGAGAAUAGAAAACACAAAUCUAUUGUUCGUGGUGGCGGAGACUCUGCCCUGUACGUCGUGUGAGAUUGAGAGGUUAACCCAGGUCCGCACCGAGUUACGGGAGGAAAAUCCAUGUGAAGUCCUGAGCAACGCACGCUAUCGAAAAGGCCCCACAUCUUGCUUUGACUACAGUGCCUUAGAAAACACAUCUGAGUGUGGAAGAGGCCAUUUUCUAAGACUCUCCAUUGAACUCCUGUUGGCUCCACUCACUCUGCCUCUCCUCUAUCUCAGACUAUAACAAACCUCUCAUUCUGCACAAGGCUCAGAUCUACUUAUCAGCUCAAAGGAAUAUUUGGGAGUUUUGAAAACGCUCAGUAGUAUUUUAAUAAUAAAUUUGCCUUAUUGCUUUUGUAUUCGUCUGGAGUUGAAGCAUGAACUUCUAUUGAAGGUAUCUUUUUAUGAAGCUUUCAUGUAUUUUUUGCCCAUAGAUUUUUUUGAACAGGACUGUUGUGCACAUGAAGUGGGGAAAAAGAAUAGGGAUAGACAGAGGCUUUAAAGAGCCCAGAAUAUGUGCCGCAGCUCAAACGUGUAGUCCAGUAUUUCCCUAUGUUUUUUUUAAGUGCGCUAUCUUCACCAGUGGAAACAAAAUAAUAAUUUAAAAAAAGAUUGUUUUAUAAGUAAUCCUUAUGAAAUACUUUAUAGAAGCAAAUGCGAUAAUUAAAAAUUCAAGCUGUCUAGUUUGGACCCCUAGGCUGGAAUUCACAACUCAUGGGUACUGUGCAGCACAAGUUAGAUGUUUUUGAAUGUUUCAAUGUUUUUCGCUUGAUAAUAUAAGCAUAGGAAAGCCACUAAGCCUGUCUGUAUGCUUUUCAAAAUGCUGCUUUGCUUUCAUUAAUUGCAUUCCUUUUUAUUUUUGCAUGUACCAUAAUACUCACUUUCUCCCCUUGAAGCUUUGUACCACAGUAGAUCUGGGCCUUAACAUUUUCCUCAGUGUCCUUUCAUCUGCGUCUGGCCUUUGCCAGUGCUGUGAAGUCUAUUUGACACAACGCAACUUUGAUUCUUUCAAAUGUGCGCUUCCUCUAACAGUGAUUCCAAUUACACAAAUGUUCUCACAGCACUUUGACCGAAAAUUGUGGUCUGAAAUACCAAUAUUUGACCUUAAGCAAGAUUCAUCAGUGUCAAAACUUUGUUUAGUUAGUUUUACUCUUUUAAAUCUGAAAAAAUGCUUCCAUAGAAACUUUGGUUGGUUGCUUUGGUCUUCCGCAUUGCCAAUGUUAUUAAAUAUUUAGUUGCAUAUGAGGCUUGACGUGACAAAUCAGUGUUUGUGCAAUAGAGCUAUUUUUGAGUAAUAACAAUAAUUAAUUGCCAAGUUGUUCAUGUAAAGUAUUUUAACAUCUGCAAAGACCAAGUCAGCGUAAGGCCAAAUUGGAGAGGUUUGCAAAGACAGAAAACAACCAGCUGUUUUGUUUUUCACCAAAUCUUAAAUUUACGUAAGAGCAAUGAGCAUUAACACUGUUUUCUCUCUCUGCAAUCAAACUUCUAUUACUCCUAUCCUGUAUGUAAUAUAAUUUGCCACUGGAAAGCCCUCUGUCCUUGUUUGUAUCUGCCCUAUUUGAAUAAUGCACUUAAUAUGUAUGCCUGUGUAUGAGGAAUGUAGCUUCUGGACAGCUUCAGCAUUACCAAUGCAUUUGUUACUAAUAUGUGAUGCUUUGACAUCUGUGGACACAACUGUCUUUUUGAACCUGUUGAAUCACUGUGGGGGGUGUUUUACUUUUCUAAUGCAUAUGUCUGUUAUUUAGAAUAGAAUUUAGACUGUAAAUGUAUAAAUGUAUAUUUAAAAAAAAAACAAAAAAAACAACAUUCCAGAGAAUACACAAUGAAAUAUUUAAUUCAGGCAGGAAUCUUACAAUAUUAAAGGAGACAUAUGCAAAAUAUCCUUUUAUGAGCUUUUAGCCUUGUGUUAAUGGUUUCCCUCUUUUACUUUUCUCAGAUGUAUUUAGGUUGAUUCAUGCAUGUUUCAAGACUUGCUAUGCUAGGAAUAUUUCAAUUUUCACCUACCCACUAUCUCCACACAUGUCCUUGUAUUUACUUGCAAUUACUAAGAAAACAGGAUUAAAAAAUGUUGUUCUGUAGUUUUGAACACAAAAUCAGUUUCCUUUCAGAUAAAUUCAAAAGCAUAAUAUGUCUUCUUUAAGUUUGUAGUGUUUGCCUAUCUUGUUUCUUUUAAAUAUAUAUCCAAAUACUAGUUAAUCAAAAAGGUUAUGCAGAAUAUGGCUGCAUCUUCCUACAGUGAUUUAACAUCCUUGAUGUCAUUUUCCUUUGCGGUUAAUCUGCAGACAGAAGUGUUAAUAUUUUGAAAUGCUAUUUUUAGAAAAUCUUUGUAAAAAGCUGUUUUUCUCCAUCUGCCUGGUGUCCAGCAGUGCCUUGUUGCACUCAUUAUUAAGGCACAAACACUGGGGCCAAAACAAAAACAGACUGAAGUUUAGGGUCGGACUGAAGAAAGCUGCUCAAGUAAUGGACAAAAAUAUGAAUUUAAAGUCCUCAGAGCAUUGCCUUUUCUUUACAGUGUAGACGUUUGAACUCUGCUCCUCUGCUUUGUGCCAUUUGUCUCACACUGUGGCUGGGCUGGUCAAAGCACUUAUGUCCGUCUGCACACAUGGACUAAUGUAUUUGAAUCAUCUUUCUUCAGGAUUGACUGAAUGUUUGUAUAAAGUACAGAUAUUGUGCAUCUUUAUGAAGCAUGAUAGUGACUCCGGAUCAACACCUAGAAGACCUCAGUGUUAACUUACUGUGAGUCCAUUAUGUAAUAUUGGGCUUUCGUAAACUGUUUACUAGCCACAAAUGCUGAGGUCAAAGUAUUUCUUGAAGUAGUUUAGUUUGAUUCAACAAUUAAUUUGCAUGAUAUUUUACAGAUAAAUGUACAUAGGCUAUCGUUUACACAUUACAUUCCCUUCACAUCAUACAUGUCUCUCCAGGACUCUAUAAGGGGAGAAGUAUGGUGGCCCAAAAGGACAAAAGGAGAGACAUAAAAACCAAGUGGAGAGUUUGACUUCAAUGAAGCCUUUUAAAAGUGUAUUUUAGGUAUUGCUGUAAGAAAAGCACAGAGAUGAUAAGUUAUAAGCAACAUACUGCCUGAAUAAUCUCCAUUGUAUGAAUAAUAUUAUAGGAGUGGAAACAGUUUUAUGCAUUUGAACACUGAGCAACAGUAGGCCUAUGGCACUGGCAUGUAAUUGGUUGGCUUUGUUUUGAUGAUUGUUUAAUUAAGGUCUUAUGGUAUUACUUCAUAAAGUUGAGUUAUUUCUAUUUUUUUCAAUGUUGUAAAUACUUCUAACAGAAAGAAAGUGAAUAUGUUUGAAGCAUAACUGGGCACAAUUUGUAUAAUAUGGUAUACAACAAGCUUCUAUGCCUGUCUUUUUAUUGGGUCUAAAUAAUGUUUUGGCUGUAACUUUGCUUUUAUUUUUGCUGAUGUUGUUACUCUGGACAGUUUCCUCUCUUUGUGCCAGUCUCAAUACCACCUCAUUUUUGUACAAAUGAUGUGUAGUUGUUAGCAGAAGAAGGCUAACUUUGUAAAGAUUUUGUCAGUCACAUUCAAAAUGGAUAUUUAAAUGUUUAUAUCUUUGGUGAUUAAACGCUCUUCAUAUUUUUCACUUCA